AUGGUCGGGGUUCCCAACCCCGACCAUUUGGCAGAGAGGUUGAACAGUAUGAUUUUUAUUGCUUGCUCUUACGGUGGAACGAUUAAGUAUGGAAUGAAUAAUAUGACAAUGUACGUCGGAGGGGUGACAAUUCCGUUAAUGAUAUCGGAAUCAUACAGUUACCUUGACUUGGUUAAUGAAAUUCAUGGAGUUACGACAAUUGACCCACGAGAUUGCAGGCUAAAAAUAAUAUGCAAUUGGCCGAUAACUUAUGAUAGAACGUCCGCCGUUGAGAUCUCAAACGAUCAUUCCAUGAGUAUUUUGUUUAAUUUGAGCAAGUCACAACCAACGGUAGAAUUGUUUAUUGAAACGGUGCCACAUAGUACGGGCCGAAUAUUCAACCCUCCAGGAGAAUUCUCACGCAUGUUAGAUUUGGAAGUUGAGUCUGAAGGCUUUCUUUCUUCUUCGAGUGAAAUACAGCGGACUCAAUUUCAAUAUAAGGGUGGUGCACCUUCAUAUGAAGAGGGUGAAAGAAGCGACGCCUCUGAUGGUGAAGAUGAAGAUAGUGCAACACUUGACAACAUGCAAUUUGUGGGUGAAGAUGAUGAAGAGAAUCCGGAUUGGCCAGAUGAAGCUUAUGUUAAUAAUGAAUAUGUGGAGUACGAAGAACCACCCCCCGACGAGUUUGAGGAUGAUGAGUGGGUUCGUUCUUCCACAGCACAUGAUAUCCGCAUUGGUGAAAGUUCAUCCAAUAGAGGAGAUGAUGAGGAGGUUCCUUUCAGAGUUGGUGAAUUAUUUGAGACUAAAGACCAAUUGGUAGAUGCUAUUCGUGAUUACUCAAUCAAAAAGUUGGUCAAAUUCAAGCAAAUUAAAAGCAAUCGUACAAGUUAUGAGGCAAUCUGUUUUAUGAAUACACAAAGGCAAGGUCGGGCAGAGGGGAAUGAAUCUGAUUACGCAUGUCCUUGGAAGUUAUAUGCAUUUGCCGGAAAGAAACAUAAUGGGUAUUUUAGGAUCACAAAAUACUGCGGUGUUCAUACAUGUAACAAUCCAAUGUUCGAGAGAGACCACAGUGGUGCCUCCGCCUCUUACAUAGCUCGGUUGAUUAUGCCAAGAUUAAAGAAGAAGCUUGAACUAAGGCCCGAUGACAUAAUUGAGAGAGUGUCACAUGAUAAGUGGAUUGAAAUAUCGUAUAUCAAAGCGUGGAAUGCAAGGAGAAUUGCGAUGACAAAAAUAUUUGGUGAUUGGGAAAGGUCUUACGCGACUCUGCCUCAAUAUCUUGAUGCGAUCAAAAGAAGCAAUCCUGGAUCUGAAUACAAACUCAUAACCAAAGAGGUCAAUCCGGGAGUUCAUAAAUUCACCUCUGUAUUUUGGGUAUUUGGUCCUUCGAUCGAGGGAUUUAAAUUUUGUCGGCCGAUCCUUAGCAUUGAUGGGACACACUUAUACGGUAAAUAUAAGGGUGUAUUGCUUGUCGCUACAGGAGUAGAUGCAGAUGGGGGCUUAUUUCCUUUGGCCUUCGCAGUUGUAGAGGUCGAGAAUAGUGAAAAUUGGGAGUGGAUGAAAGGUAUUCCAAGAGCAUUGUACAGGAGAUUUGGCUCUGAUCACAAUCACCGCUAUUGCUUACGACACAUUAGAGCUAAUUUUAAAAAGAGCUUUGGUCAAGUACAUCUACAAAACCUUCUUUGGCAAGCGGGUGUUACACCCGAAACAUGUGUGUAUGAUCGGAUACGGGAUCAAAUCAAGGCAACAUCUCCAGCUGCACAUGAUUGGAUUGAGAGUAGUUUGGGAAGCGAUUACGUCGACCGGUGGGCUCUAAGUAAAGAUGGAGGGAAUCGCUAUUGCAUGAUGACAACUAAUUGUUCUGAAAGCUUCAAUGGUGUACUUAAGGGGGCUCGAGCAAUGCCCAUACAGGCGUUGGUUGCGAGGACAUUUUAUAGACUAAAUAAGUAUUUUGUCAAGCGGCGAGAGGAUGGAGCAAAGUGGGGGACGUUGUUGACCCCCAAAAAUGAAGAGAUUAUAGGAGCUCGUGUCAAGCAGGCCAGAUUGACUAAGAUUGUGAGAUUUGCUAUAGAUGAAUGGGAGGUUACAGACAAUCACGGUCAUAAUUACACCGUCAAUCUACGAGGAACACAAUGCGCAUGCACCUGUAACAUUCCAGAUUUGCAAAAAUUGCCAUGUGCACAUGUUAUAGCGGUUACGACCAAGCAAUUUGGGGGUGCAAAUACAUCUUAUUACACAUACGCUUCUGAGUGGUACCAAUCAAGCCACUAUAGAGAUUCAUACACUAUGGAGGCGGGGCCAUUGACGUAUGAGGUUCUUUAUGACCAAUCUCGACAUCGAUCCGCGAAGAUUGACACUGGGGAGCCCCGAGCAUUACUAUCGUUGAUCACACUCGUGCACACUCGAGCUGGGAGUUGA